UAGAAAUUCAGUUCAAGAGACGCUCUAGAACGUGUGAAUGCGUCUUGAAGCGGUUGCACUUCUAAUUGUUACGACAAAAUUGUGUUAAUACGGUGAUGAAAACGUGUUGUGUUAAAAAAACGAUUAAAGAAAAUUAGUAAUUUAUUAAUGGAUGUUGAAGAUUAAUUGGUUCAAAUUUGAAUUGUGAAAUAAGAUUUUACAACGUGGAAGAGAAGCGGAACGGGACAAACGAUGCCAAAGCAAUGCAGGCAAAAUUUUGUACUUCUUCAUUUCUUAUUUCUUCAAUAAUUUCUUCUGUAGGAAUAGAUUUAUGCAGAUCCAUUUUAAUUUCAAGUGAUGUGGAAUUGCAGUUACAUAGAAAUGGUGACUGUUGCAUCGUGUCGAUAUUGCAAGAUCGAUAAAAAUCGCACGCAUCCGGGUUUAACAAUUUUUAAAAAUAAAAGCCAUGGGUGACCGAAUGUAAAAUAAAGAAAAAACGUAUUCACGGAGUGAAUCAGUGUCAGAUACGUUACAACUGACGUGAUGUUAUUAGUACAUACCAAUGAAACAAUGGCGUGUUAAAUUAUUCAUGAGGUCAUUGUUGCAUCGUAACGCAGAUUCAAACGUCGAGCAAUUUGAGUUGGCACAACGUGAAAGAAGAAAAGAUCACGCCGCACGUCGCCGCCAUCGAGAGAUUUGGACUUUGACUAGUGCUCAGAUAGAAUCCCGAGACACGGUUGAUACAAAAUCGCGCGACAUCCGACACAAUAAGUUCCGGUAAAAGGGAAGAAGAAAAGAAAGAAGGGAAAAAAGCGGUCAAGUGGUGCGCACUAUACGUAGCUUGACACGGUUCCAUAUUGAUGCAAGGGGAGUGUAUUAACGGGAACAGAGAGGGAGGCAUUCGUUAAACUUUUCACGAUUCCACUGGAACGAACUUGGUCCAAUUAAUGCGAUUACUAUGCACUGGAAGCUCCACAUUGUCGUAACAAGGAUGAUCAAAUUUUAAUUCGAAAAGGGAAUCUUAAUAGCACCUUGGGAUUUUAACCUCGCUCGGUAAAGAACGGCUUAUGUGACUAAGUGGUCGUAAAAAGAUAGGAAAAGGAUAAAAAGGAGGAGAAAUAAAGGAAAAUAAAAAAAAAGAAAGGGCAUAUUACGUUUGAUAUGACGUGAAAAGCAGAAAGAGAGGAAUAUUCAUGAAGGAAAAAGAAACAGCAAGGGAACUCUAGCUUCAGAAGGAUUUCCCUUUACCAUUCAAAACAGCCGGAAGGAAACACAUGUGGGAAACAACGACAAAACUCUUCAACUCUUAUAUGCAAAUCACAACGUUCUGAGUUAACGGGGAGUGUGACGAUCAAAGGGAUUGAAAAGUUUCAGACAUGUACGUGUGCGUACACUUAAUCGACAAUUAAAGGAGAAGGGAAAGAAAAGGCAAUUUUCUCAUUUAAAAUACCCACAGUAGAGGAGAGUUUUGCGGAAAAACGAUCUCUCCUGUACGUGGAACGGACGGUUCCGGUGAAAAAUUCAAUUGCUGGCUUGAAUCACAUCCCUUGAUAAAGAAAGGAAUUCCCGUUCAAACGCCAGAAGGAUUUCUCUCGCUCCCUCUUUUUGUCUUCUUCUCCCUCUUGAGAACCUCUGAAAGAAUAACCAGUUCGAGAAGCGAAUCUACCUGAAAUUUAUAAUUGAUAGCCUAUCGAAUACCACUUUCCUCGAGAGAAAAGCAAUCUCGAUCUUGAAAGACGUUUGAAGAGACCAAGAAACCGAUCAAUCAUUCAGACACUUGUUACGCGGUUCAUAAAAAGGAAGAAGCUUCAUAACAGUGGAAGAGAAAUCAUAAAAAAAAAAAAAAAAAGAAGGAAAACACCACUUCAAUCUUAUAAGAAAGAUCUCUACAACAAAAAUCAACCACUCUGAUAAUAAUUUACUUACUAUAUAUAACUAUAUAUAAAAAAAGAAAGGAAAGAUUUAAUAACAGAUAUCGGUGAUAGACAAAUGGUGGAAGAAGUAGCAACAAAGUAGGUAAUACACUUCAUAUAAGAUGUUCGAUCAAACAAUUUCAAUGGCGCUCGUAGAGCAGUUUUAAUAAACAAUCUUAUCCAGCGAAAAGGAAGUUAGUUCUUUUUUCAAAACGGUGAAAAGGAAGUCACAAAACACGGCGAACCACUACGAUAUCCACUACACGGGCUCGUACGCGUAUAGCAACGGAGCACCGAGCGUGUACAGCAGCCACUAUCCGGCGAACGGUGGCUUCGUGCAACCUCAUCUUCAUGAAGACUACCGGCCGAUUUAUUUUUACGUAGCGCAACCUUAUACUAUUCCGUAUACAUUUGCGAAGAGGCCGAGACCGCCGUCGCUGCUAAGAUCUGGGAAACCUCGGAGUAAUUGUCGCGUCAAGUUCUCCAAGAGGCUCGGCAAUAACGAUUUCUCGCAGAAGGUGAAACAAGGAGAGUUUUCGAGGAGUCUUAGUCAGGUUCACUUCGUUGAGAAUCAAGGACAAGUGAUCUCAAACUAUCCGAAGACUGGGUUGCCUCGUGAUCCAAGGAUGACGUCUAUGUUUCGAAGGGGCACGAUUUUUGCCACGUUUUUCCUUUCGUUGCUGGGCGGUGGGUUAGUCUGCGCCGCAUUGGUGACGCAACAUUGGGUGGAAGCACGACCCUUCAGAACUCCAAACCCUCAAGAAAGUGCCGGCAGAGUUCACUUCGGCCUUCUUCAAGGAAAGAAGGAAUUGAACGUCGCUUAUGGUUGGAGAACCUAUCAUAUUUCGGUGCCUCAAAUGAUCAAGCAAGAUCCCACAGUGAUGUCCUGGGGACUUUGGAUAAGUACUUUAACGACAACCUCGGCUGCACUUGUCACUGCUGGUCUAGCUGCUUUACUCGCUGUUUUGAAUACAGCCACUUCACCUAGAUCCAAGAUCCUUUCUGAUCCUGGAGUAUAUUUCAUAAAUAUUUUAACAUUAUUAAUGUGUAUGGCGAGUACGAGCACUUGGUUGGCGCAAUAUUACACAAAGCUAUACUUCAAUGUGCUUCCUAAGGAGGACAUUGAUAAUAUGUGGACUAGUGAAGGUUCUGCUGAGCUUGGUUACUCAUUUUGGCUCGUUGUAUGCGCUGGUGUAGUACAUUUAAUCAGCAUAGCAUUAGUCGGUUGGGGCUCAGGACGAGACAAGAUCGAACGUCUGGAGACAAUUCCGGCACUGGAGGAAAAGACUGCUGCGGCAAUAAUGUUGUAUUGAACCUUGGGACUCUUGAGACAGAUCUCAGAGACAAGAAAUCCAUUACAAAAAUUACAAAGUGCUGCUCAUAUCUGUUAGUGUGCGACGAGGCAACAAGGAUCGAUUAAACAGAAAGUAGAUUUUACUGCAAUAAUUCUACUACUUCGAGAAACGACAAGUUCCUAAAUGUUAGCAUACUUAACAUUGUAGUAUUAAAAGGAAACAAAGGAGCAAGCACGUUAAUAGAAUUAUUACAUAAUAAUAUAAUCUUAAUAAUAAAAAUUGCAAUAUAAAAUUUUUCUGAAAUUAUCCAAUUUAUACAAUUAUUCAAGAUUAUUCGUAAUCAAUAAUAGACGAAUUCGUGCAAAAUCAAUAUUUUUUAUAAAUAUUUUAUCAAAAUUAUGUCAAAAUACAUUUUGAUUAAAUCUGUAAUUUCCAAUUAAAUAUUUGAAAAA